AGAGCCGUUCAGCAGUGGAACUCUCUGCCCCGGAGUGUGGUGGAGGCUCCAUCUUUGGAAGCUUUUAAACAGAUGCUGGAUGGCCAUCUGUCAGGGGUGCUUUGAAUGCAAUAUUCCUGCUUCUUGGCAGGGGGUUGGACUGUAUGAUCCUUGAGGUCUCUUCCAACUCUAUGAUUCUAUGACAGUAGGCUCUCUGUUAACUGAAACUGAGCUAGCAAAAGAAUAUUAAAAAUUUAAAUUAAAUUACAGUAAAACACGUUUAGUUAACAUUGUCUUAGUUUGCUUUUAAUUGCUGCAUUUCAAUAUUAAUAUGAACUCUGUUUAUAGAAUGAUACCGUAUGGGGUGGAGUAUUGGGCGUAUUUUAAUACAGUAGAGUCUCAUCCUACAUAAACGGGCCAGCAAAAUGUUGGAUAAGCAAAAAUGUUGAAUAAUAAGGAGAGUUUAAGGAAAAGCCGAAUAAAUGUCAAAUUAUGUUAUGAUUUUACAAAUUAAGCAUCAAACCAUCAUGUUUUACAACAAAUCGACAGAAAAAGCGGUUCAAUACAUGGUAACGUUAUGUAAUAAUUACUGUAUUUACAAAUUUAGCACCAAAACAUCACAAUGUAUUGAAACAACUGUGGAUCCAGGCAGGAGGCUGACUGUGUUGGAUAAAGCAGAACGUUGGAUGAGUGAAGAUUGGAUAAGCGAGACUCUGCUGUAGCAACUCUCAAGCAACCAGAAACCAUUUUUAUCUGGUAUCUACCAAUCUCCAUUUGUUGCUUAAUAGUGUACAGUGUUUGUUUUUAUAGUUAAUGAUGAUUUCCCUGAACAAACAGAGUGAACCCACUGUCCUGACAACACGUGCACUUUUAAUCAUUGCCUGGGAGCCCUCUUGACCCUGUGCUCCUUUAUUCCCUCUGGAAAGCAUUUGCUCAUGUGGCAGUCGCCUCACUAUGAUCUGUCUUUUUUCUUCUAUUCAAUCUAGAUUAAUUUUGUAAGAGACAAACGUGAUUCCUGUGCACAAGUGUUUCACAAAUAUUAUUUGGAUGUUUUUUCAACACCUGCCUUGAAGAUAUCUGGAUAGAACUAAAUUGCUGCUGUAACGGAUUUAUAUUUCUUGUGAAGUCAGUGAGAGGAGAAAAACAUGUUUCAUAUGGUUUGGAAUUAUCAUCUGAAACUACUGACUGACACCAUGGUUUCUGAUGCAUAUUUCAAGUUGUUGUUUUCAAGGAGCUUUGUGCCUUCAUGGAGGCCAAGGAUGUCAGUUCAUUCUCUUCUUAGAAACAAGAACAUUGUCCUUAUGGGACCUCCCGGUGCUGGAAAAACAACAGUAGGAAAGAUAAUAGGGAAGAAACUGGAUGCUCGUUUCAUAGAUGUCGAUGAUGACGUUCUUGAAACAACCUGGAAUAUGAGCGUGGCAGAAAAAUUGAAGGAAGUUGGCAGUGAGCAAUUUUUAGAAGAGGAAGGAAAAGCUCUGUUAAAUCUUUCGGCAUCUGAAAGUGUAGUCUCCCUUUCUGGAUCUAACCCAAUGAAUGCUGUUGGUAUGGAGCAUGUGAAGAAAAGUGGGAUUGUAGUGUACUUGGAUGUGCCCUCAGCUCACAUAAAGGAUCGGCUGCAAUUAAUGAAAGUCGAUCGCAUUGUAGGGCAGGGUCCUGGAACUUCAAUGAAUGACAUUCUUGAGUUUAGGAAGCAGUUUUACAGGAAGUGGCACGACAUCCGUGUUCUUUGUGAAGAUGGAAUUACAGCAGAGGCUGUAGCUGACAAAGUACUCCAUGCAGUUAAGCGGUACCAAGAUUCAGAAUCAGAAGGCUUCAUUUCAACCAGGAGUUUACAAGGUAGUACAAAAUCUAAGCAAAAUAAUUCUACCAAAUAUUUUAGCGAUGCUGUGAUUGAGGGCCUGGCACCUGAUGGUGGACUCUUUGUUCCUGAGAUGGGACUUCCAGUAUUCACCCCUGGAGAAUGGCAAAAUUUAUUAGGGGCAACCUAUGCUGAAAGAGCUCAGGUAAUAUUGGAAAGAUGCAUACAUCCAGCUGAUGUUCCUGCUUCCCAGUUGUGGAAAAUGGUUGAGACUGCGUAUGGACAAAAUUUUACGUGUCCUAAAAUUGCACCCGUUAGGCAUCUGACUGGCAAUCAGUUUCUUCUGGAGCUGUUUCAUGGACCAACAGCUUCAUUUAAGGAUUUGGCGUUGCAGUUGAUGCCUCAUUUGUUUGCAUACUGCAUCCCUAAAAGCUGCAAUUAUUUGAUCCUGGUAGCUACUUCAGGUGACACAGGAAGUGCUGUCCUAGAUGGUUUUAGUCGGCUUAAGGAGACCGAUAAGCAACGGAUUGCUGUGGUCACUUUCUUUCCUCAGGAUGGAGUUAGUGAGAUACAGAAAUUGCAGAUGAUUGGCUGCCAGGAAGCAAAUACAAAAGCAAUAGGUGUUGAAUCUGAUUUUGAUUUCUGCCAAUCUUCUAUCAAGAAAAUAUUCACCAAUUCAUCUUACACUGGGUACCUCACGAUGGAAUAUGGGACGACCCUAAGUGCAGCGAACUCUAUAAACUGGGCACGCUUGCUUCCUCAAGUAGUUUAUCAUGCUUCUGCCUACCUGAACCUUGUUGAGCAAGGUACAAUUUCUUUUGGGAGCCCAGUGGAUGUCUGUAUUCCCACAGGAAACUUUGGCAAUGUAUUAGCAGCUAUGUAUGCAAAAACAAUGGGAAUUCCUAUACGAAAAUGCAUCUGUGCCUCUAAUCAGAACAAUGUCUUGACUGAGUUUAUAAAGACAGGCUUGUACAACUUGAAGGGGAGGCGACUAAUGCAGAGUCUGUCACCAGCAGUAGACAUUUUGAAGUCUUCCAACCUUGAACGACAUUUGCAUUGGAUUGCUAAUGGAGAUGGACAUCUGGUGACACAAUUGUUUAACUGCUUGGAAAAUCAGCAGUACUUCCAAUUGCAGCAAAAUCUCCUUGAAAAGCUUCAGCAGGACUUGAUGGCUGACUGGUGCUCUGAAGAAGACUGCCUGGCUGCCAUUCAUUCUGUGUUCAGUACUACAGGAUAUAUUAUGGACACACAUACAGCCAUUGCGAAAGUAGUUGCAGAUCGUCUGCAAGAUAAAACAUGUCCGGUGAUCAUUAGUUCAACUGCUCAUUAUUCCAAAUUUGCACCUGCUAUUCUACAAGCAUUGAGGAUUGAUGAAAUAAAACAGACACCAUUGAGCCAGCUUCACUUGUUAAACUCUUAUAAACCUUUGCCUCCAAUCCAUAAGGGCUUAAUAGAGGCACUGAAAAAGAAUGAAACACAGAACUAUGAGGUCUGUACUGCAGACACGGAUGCUCUUACGAAACACAUUGAAGCCUUAAUACAAAAUCACUUCAUGAGAGUUUUCUAGCAGAAAGCAUACUUACCAUUUGUUCUUUUUUAAAAAUUUUUUAACCCCAACCAAAUGUCUGUGGCAAUAAAUGUUAGUCAGUGGUGUUGGGUGUAAUGAAUUUUAUUUCACAAUGUUUAUAUGAACACUGAGUAUGUGGUAGGAAACAAAAUGAGUAUUAAUGAACAAUAGUGUCAUAAAGGCAAGGUAGUUUAUGUUUGUAGAAAAAUGAAACUAGGAUGAAAAUGUCUGCUUUGGUUUUCCUUUGAAUAUUGGAUUAUGAGUCUGGGAGACCAGAGAUCAAAUCUCCACUUGGUCAUGAGAACCAACUGGGUGAUCUUGGACAAGUCACAUACUCUCACCUCAAAAAAGGCCAACUCAACUUUGCUUCUGAACAAGAAAACACAAUGACAGACUUGCCUUAGGGUCACUGUAAGUAAAAAAAUUAAAGUACUCAGCGUCAAGUAUGUUAUCUGUACAUUUUCUUUUAUAAGUCAAACAGCAAGUUCAGAUUAUUGAUAAAUGUGAGAUCCCAUUCAUGGAUUACCCAUUAUCACAUCUAGUUGAACCUUAAGUACUUCAGAAGUCUUAGCAAAAGAUAAGAAAAGGUACUUGUGUAACAUAUUUGCAAAAGGGUGAAUAAAGUUUCACUUUGUCUACUAAAA